AACCUCAACAUCAAGGUCCUGGUCGUCCGUCCUUCUGUCAAUAUACCGGUAAUAUUGGUCUGCUUAAAGGAUUAAACCUCAAAACACCAUCAACUCUCACAAAACUUUCGACGUGACCUGUUAUCUCCUGCACGAGGCCGCUUACAGUCGAAUUGUGGUCUCAACUGUGUGCAAGCUGCGGUUAGUUUACACGAAGUAAACAAAGUUGAGACCUCCCGCCUGCUUCGUUAUUCAGUCAGAUAAUAAGGUAUGAUUGAAGAGGUGUCCACGUCCAGAGGCUUGCAGGUUCCUCAAUGGUACCGAAGACAAGCGUCAUUCUGGACGCCUUGCCGGACCACAUUUCGAAUGUCUUCGAUCAAUCGCAAUUGUCUGUAGUCAAUCAUCGAAAGAACUGCGUCGCUUUGCACAAGCUUCACGCCCGAGCCGCUUCUGUUACUCAGCCGACGAAAGAUGGCGGAGUGCAACUCAUAGGAGAGCGACUCUUUAGCAACGCCUUCAUUGAUAUGGUCACUCGUGUUCUCGUAAUUAAAAAGGGUUCUGUGCCGGCCGACCGGGUGGUUAAGUUCAUUGGUGCUUAUGUUCGGUUCCUCACAGAGAAAGCGCUACAACCUAACACGAAGGGACGAUCUGGCGCAGCAGUUUCUCAGCAAUCAGAUGUUGACGACGAAGAUACGCCUCACUCGCGCUUCGUCGCCCUUUUGCUGUCGUACCUGCUUAAAGGGUUUGAAGCAAAAGACAAGACAGUUCGAUUCAGAGUUGUCAAUAUCGUGACGGAGUUGGUCUCCCAUCUGGGCGAGUUAGACGAAGAUGUUUAUGAGAUGCUACGCAGUAGUCUCAUGGCGCGUGCACGAGAUAAGGAAUCGCUCGUUCGUGCACAUGCUGUUACUGCAUUGUCGAAGCUUCUUAGCGGAGAAGACCCAGAUGAUCUUGAGGAAGGCGAACCAAGUAUCCUUGAUACGAUGCUGGACAGCAUGUGUUACGACCCUUCUGGGGAGGUCCGACGAUUUGCACUUCUGAACACCCCAUUAACACCAGUGACCCUUCCCUCUAUUUUGACACGCACCCGUGACGUCGAUAAUUCUGUUCGAACGUACCUCUACGCAGUGAUCCUACUUCCCCCAUCUCCAUCUACUCCCCCUUCUGCCAGUGCAACUCGCCAACCUUCUCAUUCUCCUACGCGCUUGAACCACCCCCGUCAGCUGACGAUUGCUCAGAGGGAACGUGUUGUCAAAGAUGGCCUGGGCGAUAGAGAGGACAAAGUUCGCGCUGCGGCAGGGAAAAUGUUAGGCGCUUGGUUCGACCAGGUGGCCGAUGAAGUGAAGAUGACAGAUGGCGAAGAUAAACAAGUCACUUCGCUCGUAGCUUUCUUGAAGCUUUUCGAUGUCGCGAGCGUUGAAGGUGGAUCUCUUGCGUCGGAUGCUCUCAAUUCGGUGUUUAUGACGAGGCCGCAGGUGUUGAAUGCUAUUGUAUUCCAAGACACAUUCUGGAAGGAACUUACACCAGAGAGUAUUCUGCUUGCUCGGGUAUACAUCGAACAUGUUUCCUCUAGAGACGAUGCAACCAGGCGUCUUGAAGUAGCUUCAUUGCCAGUUGUAACUGCAUUCGCCUUCUAUACCCAAGAAGCCUGCAAUGCAAUAUUCGACACUAUGGAACAACUGGAAGAGGCCCGAUCAGCUGCAAUUGAUGUUGAUGAAGAUGCCGAGAUCGACGAAUUGGACGCACAAUUAAUCGACAGAGUGUUCGUUCUCGGAGAGGUGCUCAAGAUUGCAGCAAAGCUGGACUAUACGGACGAAAUCGGGAGAAGAAAAAUGUUCCAAGUCAUCCGUGAUAUCCUUGCACAUGAGCUGUUCCCCGAAAGCCUCAUGGACCCAUGUUUGGAUAUACUCAAGACCACUACUCCAAGCGAGAAAGAAAUUAUCCGCAUCAUAGUCGAGAUUAUCACUGAACUUCGUGACAGUGUCUUCGAAGGAGGAGUUGAAUCAUUAGCCGUUACGGAAGAAGGUCUGAACACUACACAGAGCGGUGUCUAUUCUCGUUCUAGUAGACGCGAUAGAACUAUGGCCGAAAUGACUCCCGAGGAGCGGAUUCGCUCAGAUGAAACGGAUAUCAGGUGUCUGAGCUUAUGUAUCGCCACUCUUAAACGGGUGAAUGGGAGCUUCGAGGAGAACUCGACCCUUGAAGGCAUCCUAACCGAUCUCAUUAUUCCGGCUGUGAAACGCAAGGAACUGGCUCUUCGUGAGCGCGGUCUCGUCAGUCUUGGAUUGUGCUGUCUCAUAGCCAAGAACAUGGCCAUGAGCUCGUUCCAGUUGUUUCUUAGUCAAGUGCAGAGUUCCUCGGAAGACCUCAAGCUCAAGGUUCUUCAAGUUGUCUUUGACAUUCUAAUGAUUUAUGAGGAAGAUCUUUUGCGUCGGUCCAAGGACAUUGCGGAGCGGAUUAUCGCUUUUCUCCUUCAAACGCUUGAAGUUGAAGAAUCUCAGGCAGUUCAAGCACUUCUAUGCAUUGGAAUAUCGAAGCUCAUGCUGAACGGAUUAGUUACAGACGAACGCGUGUUGACGAGUCUCGUCCUUGCCUAUGUCUCUCCCGUUACUGCGGAUAAUCAAGAACUGCGUCAAUGCCUAUCUUAUUUCCUUCCCGUUUAUUCUUAUUCUUCAUUUAUAAACCAAGAUCGCAUGCGAUCAGUAUUCCUUACAGCAUACGAUCUCGUCGCAGCUGUGUAUGAGGAUCUGGACGGCGACCAAGACAUGAUAACACCAUCGCAAUUUGGAACUUUAUUCGUCGACUGGACGAAUCCCAAGAAAAACGCCGCUUCGGAAUCCUCCGGUGUUGAAUCGAAAGACACCCAUGUAGAAUUUGCUAUCGAUCUUCUCAUGGCAUUAUAUGCGAAGGACCGCGCAGGGGACGACAAGAGAGUAUUCUGUCAAAUACUCGGCAAACUUUACUUCCCCGAUCAUCCUCAACCCGAUCACCUUGCAUGCAUCGACACUUUACUGCAGCACAUCGAUGACCAUCUUCCUGCCGAUGACAUUCCCACUCAAAAACUCCUGGACCGUUUCGCGGCACGCUUCAGGAAACAAUUUUGGAGGCAGGUAGAACGCAUGGAUCGCUCUCCUUUAAAGCGGUCUCAGGACUACCGCGAUGUCUGCGAACUUGUUGGUCUCGACAUGUCCGAGGAGGAAGCAGAAGGGGAACAUGAAGCCGACGGUUCUGAUGUUGAUCUAGAGACAGUUUCUGCUCCAGACAGAGACGCUGAUUCCGGCGUCGACCAAGAUGACGAGAGACAGGGUUCUGAACCUCCGUCCUCAAGAUCAGUGUCGAGGUCACCAGCCCCGCCUCCCUCUCCAAGCAGGAACAAGCCCGCUAAUCGCAGGGUCUCGAAGAAGAACCAUAGUCCUGCAUCGGACAGUCCUUCAAUUUCCGGGUCGUAUGAUGAAAAUUCGCUGAUCGGCUCCUCACCCAGUCCUGUAGUCGUGACCCCGAAACGCCGCCAGAUAGCAAAACGAUUUCGCACUCCUGGCACACCUAGUACACUUUCACCUGCGCACAAGCGAACUGACAAUCGAAAAACACCUCAACGUCGUGCGAAACCGCUUGGUGGAGAUCCUUUCGUGGAUACCACGAAUCAACGCAGAGCCAAACGGCGGACCCGCCAUCAGGCUGCUUACGAGAGCGAAGAAAAUCAGUCAGACUCGAGUGACGAUGAUAGCGGCGAGGAGAGUCCCGUCCGCGUCUCUGUUGCACGACGACUGAGUGCAAGAUGCCAAUCACCAAUGUCUUCGGAGCCUUAGUUAAUAUCGCAUCACCACUACUUUUCUCUGAGUUGUGGCGUUGUUUGCCAAUUGUACACUACAUUCACAUAAGUAUAGCACUAAGGAUACAGUUGAAAUGGAUACUGAAGAUGAUGACGAAGGUAGGAUCGUUAUGUUGGAAGCCCCUGCCAGUGGUAUAACACUACACCCUAUGGAAGGCAUUAGUAUCGAUGACUUCACUUCAAACAGCAAAUUGCUUCGUACUGUACUAUUGUCCUUCCUCACAAUUUUCCUAUUCACCAACGCGAUCAGACAUUUGUU